UUCACACUGACUGUCUAGUUCUUACCUAGUUACCAACUAAUAAGUGUCCCGAAACUCUUUUUAUAAUUCUUGUCAUCAUUUUAAUGCCUUUUUGAUAAAUUUCAUUUUGCUGAUACUGAGAUCUCAUAUACACUUGCGUAUAUUGUAAAAUAUGGAACAACGGCGAGAUUCUAUCGCUUCAGACGAUACUUUUGUUGAUCUUCAACAAUUAGAUCCUUCACCUAUAGAUUCCCCACUUGACUGGGAUGAAAAACUACCCGAAUUGCCUUCAUACACCUCGUUUGGAAGAUCCUCGACAUUAGGACUUAGUGGUUCCGGUCAUGGAGCUGUAUAUUAUCUCACACGUAUACAACGUUACUCGUCGUAUGCCUUUUCAGUCUUCAGUGCUUUGCAUAUCACGAAUACCUCCAUAAUACCCCUCAUUACCCGCUCGGUGCCUGCUUCUGAAAAGUACCUAUUACUGACUCGCCCAUAUUAUCAAUCAUUCCCUCUCGAACCAUUACUCGUUGGUCUCCCUCUCGCUGCUCACAUAACUUCUGGUUUCGCGUUACGUCUCUAUCGCCGCCGUGUAGCUGAAAAACGUUACUCCUCCCAUCAACCGUCCAGUUCUCUUUCAUACUUUUCCUUCUUAUCACCGAAGUUCUGGCCUUCAAUCUCGUUCACCUCUAUUUCAGGCUAUGUUCUCGCUCCUCUUGUAGCUUCUCAUAUGUUCGUUAACCGAGUCAUUCCUUUGAUACAUGAAGGAGGAUCAUCUGGCGUUGGGUUGGGAUACGUUGCGCAUGGCUUUGCUAAACAUCCAGUGAUUUCUUGGACGACGUAUAUAGCUUUGGUGGGAUUUGGGGCGGGACAUAUGGUUUGGGGCACAGCAAAGUGGUUAGGGUUACUACCUAGAGGAACCGAGAGGGAAAGAAGAAGGAGGUGGUGGAGCCUCAAUGGUAUUGUUGGUCUUGUGAGCCUUAUCUGGUAUGCUGGUGGAUUGGGAGUCAUUGCACGAGGUGGUGCGGAAACCAGUUGGGUCGGUUCUGGAUACGACGCUCUUUAUCAAAAAAUCCCACUACUGGGAUAGAACCGGUGCAAAAUACAGUCCGGUUUCUCGUAAUACUCGGGAUCUUUUAGCGGCACAGCGAGGUGUUUGGUUUUAGACUCUGGAUUAAUAUUGCAGGAACAGCAGAUGAAUGUGGCCCUGAUGGAUAGACGAUUUCAUGUCAUGUAUAUGCUAACAUACCGCUCCGUAUAAGACGAUCAUGAUGGGAUGAAUUCGAGUGGGUAGAAUGGAGUCAUUUAAACGGUGGCAAAACCUUCACCGCGGUCCACGUUUCCUUCCAGCUUUUUCAACGUUUGUACAAACACAUGUUUUCAUUGACGCGCCCUCUCUCCAGUCGGGUUAAUGUAAUCUUACAGUUGUGAUUACACCAAUCCGAAUAUAAAUCAAAUGAUUAUAACAUCUGUAGAACACAUCUCUGUUGUAAUUUUGGUCAUGACAAGAGACUAUGCAGCUUAGCAAACGCCUCGGCCUCUAUUUUACUGUUACGUCGUCCCUAAAAUCCACGCAUGUUAACAAGAAGAUAGCUUCGUUGGAAACUGUUGGGGUGUUAAGCGGAUGUCGAUCAAGAAGGGCUACAAUAAUGUAACAAUUGGAGUCCAGCUAAUGACGGAAACACCACAGAAGCACGCGACACAUUGCAGGACUUGUUGAGAAUAUUG